AUUCUAACCUUAAAUAAAUGUGAAAAUAAUAUUAAUAGAAAUGAAUUUAAAUAAAUUGAAUAUAAUUUGGAGAUGUUCGUUCUAUCCAAAACAAGCAAUUUUAAGUCCAAUAUCCAUUCAAAAAUGCGUUGUCUUAAGCAAAAGCACAAAUCGCUCCAAUAACGACAGCAGCAGCAGCAGCAGCAGUAGUUCUGACAGUGAUGAUGACAUUCAAACUAAAAAACCAACACCAGUAAGCAAAAAUGAAGAGACCAUUUCAAAAUUAAACAGUCUCUUACAACAACUUGUCCAGAAUGACAAAGUCGCCCAACCUUCCGCUUUAAAAUUGGCCAGACCGAAGGACAAACGGGUUCCCAAAGAACAGCGAGAAUCGAGGAAAAUCGAGAGUGUCGAAAAGAAACUGGUCAAAGCCGUAAAUGAUGUAGCCCAAGAUAUUGGUGGAGAUGUCAAGCAAACUGAGUCCGAAUUACUCUCCAAAUUACUCAGUCCCGUCCAGGACACGGAACCUUUAAAAAGCCUCAACGAGAUCGUUCAAGGCAUGAGAAUCGAAAGGGAGACGAAACCUACUGAAAGGUCGAAAGCAGAACAGAUCAGAAAUAUGUUGCAGAAUAUUAAAUCUACUCAGAAACCCAAUCAAACUAGGGUGUCGCCUCAAAGAAGCAGGCCUAGACAGCCAAUACUGAGAGAUCAAGCAUCUAUAAUGAAAGUGGACCUGUUAAGUUCCGCGCCUUUGGGGAUAUUCACCAAUAAGGAUUUAAAAGACAAGCGUUUAGAUACGUGGCAAAAGUUGUAUCAAAACGAAUUGAAAUUGGCCGUUACCCAUCCUCCGGCUAAUUAUUUCCAAGAGAUGAUCCUGUGGACGGAACAAGGGAAAUUGUGGAAGUUUCCUAUCGAUAACGAACAGGGUCUAGAAGACGAAAAGAAGGUCGAUUUCUCCAAACACAUUUUCCUGGAAGAGCACCUGGAGCCCUGGUGUCCGCAGAGAGGACCCAUCAGACACUACAUGGAACUAGUUUGCGUGGGUCUUUCCAAGAACCCCUACAUAACAGUAGACGCCAAAAUCGAGCACAUCAUGUGGUACAAGAACUAUUUCGACGAGAAGAAGAAGCUACUGAAAGAAAUCGGCGCCAUACCCACAGAAACCAAUAAACCGGAGAAACAACCGGAAGAACACUAAGUUAAUUCCCCGUAGUUAUAUUCGCACGAUUUAAAUAAAU